UAUGUGGAAAAGCAUGUGCGGAUAAGGGAAUUACCAGAGGUUAGGCUCCGUUAUAGUAAGUUUUUCGCAGAUAUUCUUCAGUGUGUUAAUAACCAAAUGCAGUCCAAGAACUCAAGCACUGCCACUGCCACCAUGGACGUGGAAUGGAAGAACUUGGAGAAGCUGCUCACUCAGGCGAUGCAUUGUACUGAAGACAGCUACAAAAGUUUUAUCAAAGUGGCUAUGUUGGCAGAAUACCCUAUCAUCAACUUUUUCCAAAAGGAUAGCAUUGGCUUCUAUGAAGACAUGAUGGAGCAGUCUAGAAUGUUUGAUGGUGCCGACCACAGACAUCAUGGACUUAUGCUAUCUGCAUAUGCACAAGCGGUGACCAAUAUUGAGGGUGAUAUACGAAAAGGCAUAGCUUAUUAUGAGAAGGCGAGGUUCAUUCUUUCCGCCAAGGGUACUCCUGUAGACAUGGCCUCUCUGUAUCAGCAUCUGGGUUGGAAUUACUACAAGACUGGCGACCUGAAUAAGUCACAACAGUAUCUUCAGGAGGCAUACAAACUGGAAGAGGAGGGGGGUAUGCACACAAACGUUGUUAUGUGCCAAACACUCUCGAUCUUGGGGCUUGUCUCUACAGGGAUGGUUGAGUAA